CCCCCUAUAUUCAUAUAUUUUGAUAUCUUAUCUGAGUUCACACUUCAGUUAGCGUCGUAUUAAAAAUUGUUACAAAAGGCUAGGCAGUAGCGUCAUUUAAUGACUGUGUAAUAGCCUACCCAUAAUGAACGAAAAAAAAUGUCAGUUAGCAGCAAGUGACAGCAACUGUCAUAUGUCAUUAAUCAUUUGUCUUUUGUCACACCUACUUCCCUAGUCCCUACUUGUAUUUUGAAUUUUUACAUUAAAUAUUGCCGUGCGACUCUCCUGAUAAAUUUACUAGAUUUUGCAACGUAUUAAAUAGACUGCAUUUGAAGUAAUGGAGGACGAUAUAAAUAAACCUUACAAGAUCUGUGACGUGAAUCGCGAGAAAAAGAAAGGCAUUGUUGCAUCUUCACUAGAAGACUUACUGUCCAAAGUACCCGAUAAAUUAGGUUUGCCUACAGAAAAUUUGACAGUCGUUCUUGAAAGUGAUGGUACUGAAGUAGAUGAUGAAGAUUAUUUUUAUACAUUAGACCCAGAUACGUCUCUCAUGAUUUUACAUGGUAAAGAAAAAUGGGCACCGAAUAUGCCGAAGUGUCAAGUUUCCCUGGAUCAGACUGAUGAUGUCACUCUUGGAGAUAAAAGCCAAGUCGCCAAUUUGGUGGGACGUCUACAGCAUAAUCUAUGCCAUAUAUCACUCCUGGGUGGCCAAGAUUUGGAAUUAUUAUCAGACAUGGAUCCAGAUAGUUUGGCUGAUAUAGUUACAGACAGGGAUAAUAAAAUAAUACUAGAACAUAUCAAAGAAGCCUCUGGAAGGAUACUUUUGGAGAAGCGUCAAGCUCAAGAUGCCAUGGAAUUAUUGAAACUCUACCACCAAAGUGUAGCAAAUGGUGCUGAAGAUGUGUCACCACCAAAUCAAGAGUGUGUACACCAUGAAAUCAAGUCCGAGUUUAGUUAAUUAUGUAUCCACUAUAACUUGUAGUUCACAAGACCCCUUUAUUUUGUUGAGAGGUUGGUGUUUCUCAAAAGUUUACAAACCUUAAUUUUUAUUAGACACAUAUAACACUAUUUCCAUAGAACAGAAGACCAUCAUCACAAUUGGAGCCGCCAUCAGAAAAGACAACUUCAAUGCCCACAAACACUCCAUCUAGAAUGAAUGACUAAGGAAGAGGUCCUAAAUUUCAGCUUACUUCAUAUUGUUAGAUCUAAAAGUAAAUAAAAAUAUAUAUUAAAUACAUAUACACCAAUAUAAAGAGGCCUUGUUUUACAUAAUUGCUAAUUUUAGUUAUUAAUUUUUUGUAGUUAUUAUAAUAUGAAAGAAUAAUAUAUAAAAAUUUUGCUCUAAUAUAAAUUAAUUUACAAUAAUGGGAUUUGCAUUACUUUUUGAUAUUUUAAGUGGUGAAAUGUGUUAGAUGUGUAGAAUCUAAGAAGCUAAUCUUAUGAAUAUGAGCUGUAAUGGAAUGAUAUUGUAUGAUAACAUUGUAAAUGUUAUUGGUAGUAUUAUUAGUUUAACAUGAUAAUAUAAUGUUGUUUACUUAGAUAAGGGAUUGGUCUCUGCUGCGCUCCAACUAGAUACCGCAGGUGUAGUGCGGCAACUAAUACUAUGCCCAAGUGGGUGUUCUCGAGCCGGUCUUGAACAAUGUGUUCAUGCACAUGCAUGCCUUAAUAAAAAAUCUGUUGCGCUUAGGUCAUACAGUAUCUAGUUGGGAGCGCAGCAGAGACAAUUCCUUACUCUAAGGUUGUAAAUGUGUGCUGUCAAAAUAUGUCAACACCCAGUCCUAUUUAUAAUGAGAGAGAAAAUGAGUUGAAAUUUUUUUAUUCAGUGUACUACUGUUAUAUUAGUAGUAGUUAAAACACUCUUAAUUGAUACUGCAAAUGAGAUGUAAAAUUAUUAAAAAAAUAUUCAAUUCUAUAACAAGUGAAAUUUAUCCAUUCCUAAUAAUAGCAUUUAGUUUAUUGGUAUAUGUGUGCAGAUUUUGCUGAAUCUACAUAAAAUAGAUUAGAGACUUUGAAUUUUCAGUGAAAAUUUUCAUUUUGUAAACUUUUGAGAGUAAUAAUGCUACAAGGUUGAUGAUCAACAUCUAUUAAAAGACUGAUAGUUGGUAAUUUUAAUUUUUUUUAUAUAGUUUUUACCCCUAGAAUAAGAAACAUUCAUUUAAUUCCAAUUUGCUCAAACAUUUUACAAGUAAUUAAUAAGUUUUACCCAUUACUGCCAUUGUAGCAAAUAUGUAUGAGUAAUUAUGGUAAGACUACAUUCAACUAAGGAAUUGUAUUUUAGGUAUUGUUAUUGAAGUCACACUGCUUGCAUGAACCAUAAAGUCAUAUUCAUAGUGAUUAUAAAUUGUAAUUAAAAUAUUGUAUAAUUCAGUAAAUGUCUGAAUAGUAGAUUUCACUCCCUGUAAGGAUAUUAUCCAUAUAUUCUGUUAUUAUACACUGGUCAGUUUAUGCAUGACUCAAAUUAAAUUAAAAACAACCAUGAUUAUCUAUGCA